AUGUAUAUAUCUUCUCUCAUCCUUUGUCUCCGCGCCAUGCUCCAAAUGGACCUCCCACACCUCAAUGUUCUAACGAAGAUCGACAACUUAUCCAACUACGCCCCACUCCCAUUUAACCUAGACUUCUAUACUGAGGUUCAAGACCUUUCAUACCUUCUUCCACACCUAGACGCCGAGUCGUCCCGGGUGUCACACGACAAAUUUGGGGCGCUGAACAAUGCGAUUAUCGACUUGAUCGAGGAAUUUGGGCUUGUGGGGUUCGAGACGCUUGCUGUGGAAGACAAAAAGAGUAUGAUGAAUCUACUCCGAGCCAUUGACCGAGCAAGUGGGUAUGUUUUCGGCCCCGCAGAGGGCGCAAACGAUAGCGUCUGGCAAGUAGCGGUGCGAGAAGGAAUGAGGACCAUGGACAUUCGAGAUGUGCAAGAACGCUGGCUGGAUGCAAAAGACGAGUACGAUGAAGAUGAACGACGGCAGCUGGAAGAAGAAGCUAGGAAGCAUGAGCAAGGGACACCCGGUCAUGGUGGGAAUAACGAGGAAGACGACGACGAUUUCUAUAGCUCCAAAGCGCCUAUACCCGACGGUGGAGUCAAGGUCAUACGAAAGAAAUAA